AUGAACACCACAGAUAUAAUGGACACUACCCUGGAUGAAAGCGCCUACGCCUACUACGGUUACUAUUCAGAUACCAAUAUUCCCAAGCCUUGUACCAAAGAAGGAAUCAAGGCAUUUGGAGAGCUCUUCCUGCCCCCCCUCUACAUCUUGGUCUUUCUGUUUGGUCUGCUCGGGAAUUCCAUAGUGGUUCUGGUCUUGUUCAAGUACAAGCGGCUCAAGUCCAUGACUGACGUGUACCUGCUCAACCUUGCCAUCUCAGACCUGCUCUUCGUGUUCUCCCUGCCCUUCUGGGGCUACUAUGCUGCAGACCAGUGGAUUUUUGGAAUAGGUCUCUGCAAACUGAUUUCCUGGGCUUACUUGGUGGGCUUUUACAGUGGCAUAUUCUUCAUCAUGCUUAUGAGCAUCGACAGAUACCUGGCCAUUGUGCACGCUGUACUUUCCUUGAGAGCGAGAACCUUGACUUCUGGGGUCAUCACUAGCUUGAUCACUUGGUCCGUGGCUGUAUUUGCCUCUCUUCCAGGGCUUUUAUUCAGCACUUGUAUUACGGAGCGCAAUCAUACCUAUUGCAGAACUGAGUACUCCCCCAACAAUGCCACACUAUUGAAGGUUCUGAGCUCCCUGGAGAUCAACAUAGUAGGAAUGGUGAUCCCCCUCGGGAUCAUGCUGUUUUGCUAUUCCAAGAUCAUCAGGACCUUGCAGCAUUGUAAAAACGAGAAGAAGAACAAGGCGGUGAAGAUGAUCUUUGCCGUGGUGGUCCUCUUCCUGGGGUUCUGGACACCCUACAAUAUAGUACUCUUCCUGGAGAGCCUAGUGCAUCUGGGGGUUCUUCAGGACUGUACCUUCGAAAGAUACCUGGACUAUGCCAUUCAGGCCACAGAGACCCUGGCUUUUGUUCACUGCUGCCUUAACCCAGUCAUUUACUUUUUCCUGGGGCAGAAAUUUCGCAAGUACAUCAUACAUCUCUUCAAAACCUGCAGGGGCUCCUUUAUGUUCUGCCAAUACUGUAGACUCCUCCACAGUUACUCUCCCGACACCCCCAGCUCAUCAUACACACAGUCCACCAUAGAUCAUGAUUUCCAUGAUGCUCUGUAA